CGCAUCCAAUAAACAAUGAAAUCGAUGUUGCGAAAUGUUCUGAAUUAGAUUCGAACGGAAUUUCAAUCGCAUUUUUAUUCCUAUUGCCCGUGUCAGACGAAUUCAGCAAAACUUGCUUUAACUUCUGAAACACCGUAUUAAAAGUUUCUGUUUAAACAAAGGUCUCUUAAAAGGACUUUUAUUCAAGUUAUGCUGCCUCUAAUUGCUUCGCUGCUAACAUGGUUAGCUGCAGCUGGAGCCAGAGACGUGGGUAAAGCUCUUAAGACUAUGCCCAUCGUCACUAACUCUCUGGUUAAUUUGGGCAAAAUGGAUAUUGCUUUCUACUUUAAUUCCCGACCUCAAGAUUUAGCAAUGCGAUCUGAGCUUCCAGGUCACGGGUCCAGUUCAUCGUUUGGUCCAAAAGUCGAAUCCUUAUUAACGGAACCCUGUCCUUGUUCAAGUUUAAAAUACAUAAGAGAUUCUUCACAAAACAACCCAUCUGAGCUCUUAAGCAAAAUUCUAACUGGAAAUGACCUGUUUUCUUUUAAAGAGCCCGCUACCUCGACUCUUUGUUGUGAUUCACAUGAAAAUGUACAAGAAGAUGUACUUUUAGAGUUCGGUCCGAAACAAAGUCAAAUUUUAGCGAAUCAACAAAACUCCUUCCCAUUACUGCCAUUUUUGUUUGAUAGCAUUCAAAGUAAAUCUAAUUCACCUUUUGUGCUACCAAAAGCAAAGACUGUAGAAAUUUUGAUAUUCCCAAAGAAACGGGGAUUGUCCAUGGACAUUGACAAAUUUACGACUAAAAAGAAGGAUAUUAUAAAAGUAGUUGGAGAUAAAGAAAUUAGAAAUGAAAUUAAGUCCAACAAAUAUGUUCCACCGAUUGUAACUUCUAUCAAGAAAGAUUUAGCACUUCAAGAAAAAAAUAAACUUGUCACAAAUAAAGCAGACGAGACCAAGUUUACUGUUGAUAAUAAAUCAAACAUAGUGUGAUGUUCCAAUAAAACAUAAUCGUGUCACUCUCACCA